GAUGUAUAUCAGUAGUAGAUUAAAGCUUGAACUAUGCUCAUGUACGCAAUUCUGUUGGCUCUUCUCAGUGCAUGUCCAGAGCAUGAGACGGCUGACAAAUACGCCAAAUUAUUUGUAGACUUUACCAUUCUGCAAGAGAGUUGCCUGUUCCGACCCGUUUAUGGCCGGUGCAAGGAAAACAUAAAGGUCUACGGCUACGAUUAUGAAAACAAUGUCUGUGUAGAGUAUUUUUACAGCGGCUGCGGCGGCAAUACCAAUCGCUUCACCUCUGCGGAAGAGUGUAAGACAUUAUGCUCUAUAAACAGAGAGAACGAAAUCAAAGUCGCCAGAGACAAAGACCCAUACCCGAGUCUAGGAGCCACAACGGAAUGGCCGGAAUAAACUAAAAAACUAUUAACUAUACUCGAGAGUGUUCUCCUCUGAUUGAAGUAAAAUGUUGAAUCGGAGUUGUCUCAUUUAAU